AUGGACAUCUGGAAGUCCAAGGUGCUGCCCAAGAUCAAGCUCGUCUUCGUCAAGAGCGCCGGCAAGAAGGCCGCCGCCGCCGCCGAGCUCGUCAAGUCCUUCGACGAGUCCAAGGAGGGGAUCAAUGGCGAGUUCCAGGAGAAGAAGGCGGAUCUGCAGCCCAAGGUCGUCGAGAUCUAUGAGUCUGCCCCUGCACCACUCAAGGUCCUGAUCAAGGAGAGGAGCAAGGUGUCCGGGAUCAAGAAGAACUCCGCCGCAAUCACCAAGUUCUUCGAGGAGCUGGCCAAGAUCGAAUUCCCUGGAGCCAAGCAAGUGAGCGACGGCAUCUCCAAGGUCGGCCCGGCCCUGCUGUCCGGCCCCAUCUUCGCCACCUUCGAGAAGGUCUCCACGCUGCUCCCUGUCGCCGCCGAGGAGGCGACGACCAAGGAGGGCCCGCCCGCCACAGAGGAGGCAGCCGCUACUGAGGAGAAGAAAGAGGAAGCCGCCGCCGAGAAGAAGGAAGAAGUGGAGGAGGAGAAGAAAGAAGAGACGACCCCUGCACCGGCCGCCGCCGAGACUGCUCCUCCUGCUGAUGCAGCAGCAGCCGCCACAGAGCCCACCGCGGAGGUGGCGCCGACCGAGGCAGCAGCGCCAGAAGCUGAGGCUGCACCCACACCUGCACCAGCCGAGGCGGAGCCGGCGAAGGCCGAGGAGGAGACACCCAAGGCCUAG